CUGGUGGCGGGGGACCGCAAUGGGGAACCGGCUCUACAUAUGUCGGUUGAGUUCAAAGCUAAGAUAUGUGCACCAUGGCAGAAUACUUUGGUGGUUCGGCUACUUGGCCUGAGGAUCGGUUUCGUCACCCUUUGCAAUCGCCUGAAAAGUCUAUGGCGGCCGACGGGCUCUAUGGAGGUCAAGGACCUGGACCAUGACUGUUUUCUAGUAAAACUACACAACGAGCAGGACUACAUCCGAACUCUGACCGACGGACUUGGCUCUGAAAAUUCACUUCUACCACAAGGAAGUGUUGAACACGUUGGGAAUCUCUUAGGAAGGACUAUCAAGCUGGACUACCAUACCUUGACACAACAAAGAGCUAAAUUUGCUCGGUUAGCGGUGGAAGUCAACCUCUCGAAGCACCUCGUACCCAUAAUUUGGCUGGAUGAUGAAUGGCAAAAGGUAGAGUAUGAGAAUCUCCCUGAGGUAUCCUUCGAGUGCGGGAAGAUUGGACAUCUCUCGGCUACAUGCCCUCAGAUUUUGACGAUGGUUUCCUUGGCGCAACAAACAAGCGCCGGUGGGUCGCCGCCGAUCAGCUCGCCGGCCCAACCGGAAGAUCCCAACCCGGGUUUCGGGACGUGGAUGAUGGUCACGAGGAAAUAUCGGCGUAAUUCAAGGGAUGUUCAAAGAAAAGGGAAGGUGGAGAACGAUUUGGGGAAUCAUACUACGACAAUAGUUUCCAAGAAUGGGAAGGGCGGACAAGCGGUAAAGGAAGGGAAAGGGCUGCUUGGACCAAGGCCCAUUUCGGUCACGAAUGGGAAAAGCGGGCCGAAACUAGCUAUAAAGGAUGGGGCCUCCUCCUCCUCGGCUCAUGGACCGAAAAUAACUUCUAAAACAGAAGUGGCGGAGCUCGUUACCUCAAAUAUUGGCAAUGGGCUUCUUGCUGAU